CUUCUACAAUCAUAUAUCUUGACCUAUUCCUUUCUAACUAAGGGCCAAAGGCUGCAAAGUGAAGAGCUUAAUCUUUGUUAGAGAGCAUCACGCACACUGCGAGACAAUAUCUCUUCACUGCGAGAAACCACUCGAAAUGACUUCUAAGCACUUUGUUCUCACGGCAGAAGCCUUGAAUGAGGCGUUGCCAGACAUGGACCUGGCGACACGGGCCAUUCACGCGGAUGACUUCUACAGUGGUCACCGUGCGAUCGCACCCAGUAUGCAUGUGGCAGUCAACUACAGAUAUGCCCGAGAUCCUGAUGACUUGGUUUUCAUGGACAACACCGAUCCCAAUGCCCCGCAUGACUCUCAUAUAUAUGGACGUUAUACUAACCCCAACACCACCCGGUUCGAGUCUGUUGCCAGUAGCCUUUUUGGGGGCCGAGUUGUUGCCUACCCGAGCGGCCUCGCCGCGUUUCACGCUCUCAUGGUUCUACUGAACCCCAAGCGAAUCUUUAUUGGGGAGGGUUACCAUGGCGUUCAUCGUAGCAUUGGCUUCGUGGAGAAGCUCACACGCGUCGAGAAGUUCACGCUGAAUGAUCUCGACCAGCUCGGGCCUGGUGACGUCCUCCACAUCGAGACGCCGCUGAACCCAACAGGUGAAGCGCGCAACCUAGACCACUUCAGUGCCAUUGCAAAGAAGGCAGGCGCUUAUCUCAUAGUUGAUGCUACUUUCGCACCUCCUCCGUUGCAGGAUCCCCUCCAGCAUGGAGCUGACAUUGUCAUGCACAGCGGAACCAAGUACGUGGGGGGGCAUUCCGAUAUGCUCUGUGGCCUCCUCGUCCUGGAUCAAGAGGGUGUCAAGCGAGGCUGGUUGGAGACGCUUCAGCAACAUCGUCGAACAAGCGGUGCUGUCAUGGGUAGCUUCGAGGCUUGGUUAGGUAUCAGAUCACUUCGAACUCUUGAGCUUCGAGUAACCCGCCAGUCAGCCACGGCCACAGCUCUGAUUUCCUGGCUAUCAGAGCAAAUUCAAGACUCCAACAGCAUCAUCGGCAAGACCGUGGAUAAGGUUGCGCAUGCAUCGCUCCAGCAUGACGAUCUGAAGAACGGCUGGCUGAAGAAGCAGAUGCCUAAUGGUUUCGGGCCCGUCUUUUCCAUGUGGAUGAAGAGGGAAGACCAUGCUCGAAGGCUGCCCAGCAGGCUGUUCAUCUUUCAACACGCUACUAGUCUAGGUGGUGUCGAGAGUUUGAUGGAAUGGAGAGCCAUGAGUGAUGAGGGUCGCGACCCGCGAUUGAUGCGAGUAAGUUGCGGCAUAGAGAGUGUAGAAGAUAUGAAGAAGGAUAUUGUCCAAGCCUUAGAAUCACUUCACAGAGACUUGCCAUAGAGUAAGUGUUUAGUUUACUAUGAGAACAUGUACUAGCUGGAAAACACAACCCUGCUUAUACUAUCCCGAGACAUUUUAUUUGACGUUUCCCUAAUACUUGUAACAACAGUGAAUUGGGCCGUAACAGUCGCACCUGGUAAUCACGCCACGGGGCAAAAGAUUCGGCUAUAAUCGCUAUUGUAGCAAUUACAGUGGUCCUCACAGCUGCUUAUAGAGCCUUACGGGGGACCAAGCCUUAACAAGGGCUAUAGGCACAGCCCGCCUCAACUGUGGCAUACAUAAGGGCCUGAAGAGGGAUAAAAAGCUUGAUAAAUCAGGCAUUGUGGCUAUAGCUUCAAUGAAG